AUCUUUGGAAUACAUAUAUUUGACACAAGACAAAUACUCAGUAUAUAUAAAGAACCUCUAUAACUUAAUGAGAAAAUAAUCUCAAAUAACUCAACUUUAAUAACUGGACAGGCACUUUGAAAAUGCCACAGUCAGUACCGGUGCUUCCUGCCAGAUGGCAAGGCAUCUCUAAGUAGCAAAGACACCCUCUCUUGUGGUAAGUCCCCACUGGCUGGGAACAGUGGUUCUCCAGUAGGGCUUCUUUCUGGGCCAACAGCAGCAGCUUCACCUGGAAACUGGUAGGAAAUGCAAAUUCUCUUGGCCCCACCUAGACCUGCUCAAUGGGAAACAGUGGCGGUGAUGCUCAGCAGUCAAGUGCCAGGUGAUUCCAGGCAGGAGGAGAGGAAGGAAGGAAGAAGGGCUACUUCUUUAAGGCUAAUUGGGUACCUCCCUCCCCUCCUCUUCCCCAGGCUUCUUAAGCCUGGUGUGGGAAGCUGGCCCUUGGGUGAAGUUCUGAAGCCAAAUGAGAACCUGCAGUUGGAGGAGGCAGUGAUAACAGCUGAGCUCCAAACCAGGGACCCAAGACCCUACCUUACCACCACAAAGCCACUCAGCAAAGCAGCAUGAGUCGCCAGAGCAUCAGCAGUGGGACAGAAAACACAGCAAAGCUCAUACUCUGGGGCGGUGAGCUCAAUCACGAAAGGCUGACUUGCACUUUUAGACCCCAAGGGGAAAAGAAGGACAGCUGUAGACUGUUGCUCAGCACGGUCUGCUUAGGGGAGAAAGCCAAAGAGGAGGUGAAUCGUGUGGAAGUCCUGCCCUCAGCCAACCAGGAAGACAGAAAAUUACCAGUCACCAUUGCCUCGCUGAGGGCCUCCGUCCUACCUAUGGCCACAAUGACAGGUAUGGAGCUUUGUCCUCCAGUGACUUUCCGGCUCCGGGCUGGCUCAGGACCUGUGUUCCUCUGUGGCCAUGAAUGUUAUGAGACUUCAGACAUACCCUGGGAAGAUGAUGAGGAAGAUGAGGAAGAUGGCGAGGAGGAGGGGGAGGAGGAGGAAGAGGAGGAGGAAGAUGAUGAAGAUGAAGAUGUGGAUAUAUCACUAGAAGAGACGCCUAUCAAACAAGUCAAAAGGGUGGCCCCCCAGAAGCAGAUGAGCGCAGCUAAGAAAAAAAAGGUAGAAAAAGAAGAGGAGGAGGCAGUAAGGCCCAGCCCUCAGGACAAGAGUCCCAGGAAGAGGGGCCCCUUGUCUCCACAGGGGAAAGCUACACUCAGACCUAAGAAGUCUGCACUCAAGAAAUGAGGAGCUCACCUUGGUCUCCCCUGUGUCCACCAGAGGAUGUCUACCAGCUCUGCUCUGGUGCAGCUGUCCAGCCCUUCCACCUGAAUCUAAACGUAAUAAAGUGUUGUGGGGGCCACACGGGAGCCCUACAACCCAGCCCUUCAGUUUCAAGAGGCCCUUGGAGAAGAACCCCCACAAGCCAGC